UUACGAGUUAACAAAAAAAAACUAUAUGAUAAAAAACCAUCUUGAGAAAAAAAAAAAAAAAGAAAGAAAUAAAACCUCCCAAUACAACUCCCUAAAAAAUCUCUCUCUCUCUCUCUCUCUCUCUCUCUACUUCUUAGCAAACACAAAUGUCUCCCUCUCGCAACAUCCCCGCUUGGCUCCGCCCUAACUCCGAUCAUCCUCCUCCUCAUCCUCCGCAGUCACCGUCUCCCUUAGUCUCCGGCGACCCGAACCUCACAACGUGCCUAUACCAAACGGAUCACGGCGUGUUCUACCUCACAUGGUCACGCACUUUCUUAGGAGGCCACUCUCUAAACCUCUUCCUCCACUCACAAGACUACUACAACCGCUCCUCCCCUCUCUCCUUCUCCUCCGCCGACCUCUCCCUCUCCUCCGCCGUCUCCUUCCACCUCAACUUAAACACACUCGCCUUCUGGCGAAGACGCGGAUCCAGAUCCGUCUCCCCGAAAAUCCAAGUCUUCUGGGACCUGACCCGCGCCAAAUUCGACUCCGGAUCCGAGCCUAGAUCCGGCUUCUACAUCGCGGUGGUCGUCGACGGAGAGAUGGGGCUGUUAGUCGGAGACUCGGUCAAAGAGGCGUACGCGCGCGUCAAGUCCGCGAAACCGCCGACGAAUCCUCAAGCUCUCCUGCUGAGGAAGGAGCACGUGUUCGGCGCUAGGGUUUUCUCGACGAAGGCGAGGUUCGGAGGGAAGAGCAGGGAGAUCUCGAUCGAUUGCCGCGUGGACGAGGACGCGAGGCUGUGCUUCAGCGUGGACUCGAAGCAGGUGCUGCAGAUCAAGCGGCUGAGGUGGAAGUUCAGAGGGAACGAGAAAGUGGAGAUCGACGGCGUUCCCGUUCAGAUCUCCUGGGACGUUUACAAUUGGCUGUUCCAGAGCAAAUCGUCAGGAGAGGGAGGGCACGCGGUGUUCAUGUUCAGGUUCGAGAGCGAUCCCGAAGCUGAGGAGGAGGAGGAAGAAGAGAGGAGUAAAAAUAAAAACGACGUCGCUGUGUGGAAGCCGAAGCCGAAGCAGAAGCCGAAGCAGUGUGGGAGCAGCUUGGGGAUUAAAGGGAUCGCGGAGUGGAGGAAGAUGAAGAGGAGAUUCGUUAAGAGCAAGAGGAGCUCUUCGUCUUCGUCGAUCUCCAUGUCUUCCGCUUCGUCGGCUUGCAGCUCGUCGGUUAUGGAGUGGGCUAGCAGCGCCGAUGAGGCCGAGUACGGCGGAGGAGGAUCUUCCGGUGCCGGCGCCGGCAAUGGUCUUGGAUUCUCUUUAUUGGUUUACGCGUGGAUUAAAUGAGGAUGAUGAUGUAUGUAAAAGAAUGGAAGAUGUGGCAGAAAUAAUUGGCUGGUAGUGCAAAUUUAAUAUAGAAAAGGGUGAAAUUGAGAUUUUGAAAUCAAAAGUUAAUCGGGGAACAUAAUAGCGAAACGAAAGUAGUAGAGUAUAUCAUUGAUGUUUGGCGUGGUGAUGGGUGCAUAAGAUUGGGAAAAAAGUGUA